ACUUCCUGUCUCUGGUCUGCACUGUGCUCGGUACAACUGAGCUGCAGAGUGUUUCCACAGAGGUGAGAUGCAUGCUCUUUGAUGAAAACAAGUCAUGGGUGGUGGGCAGCCAGCCAUUCUUUAACUUAGUUUUUGCAUUGUGGAACCAGACUGAUCUCCUCCAAUGUGCUCCUCUACCUGGAGAUUUCCCGGACAGCUUCAGUACAGUGUGCCUGAAUUAAUCUUGUGUGGAAGCAGAGCCAGCAUCCUCACACUUCCAGUAGUUGAGUCCACUGCAUCAUCUGUGAAUUACUAGCUGAAACAUGUCAGCUUUUGAAAAUGAACCUUGCAGCACAGCCACUGCUGACUUCCAGUACUAUCUUUUCCCUGUGGUUUACAGUGUGGUGUUUGUGUUGGGAAUGAUUGGCAAUUUGGGAGCUCUUUACUUCUUCAUUUGCAAAGUGACAAACCACAGCUCUUCAGAUGUGUACAUUACCAACCUGGCUGUGGUGGACACUAUAUUUCUGUGCACCCUGCCUUGCAGAAUUCAUUACCACCUCAACCACAACAACUGGAUAUUCGGGGACUUGGCCUGCAGGAUCACUGGGACUCUGUACUUCACUAAUAUCUACAUCAGCAUCGCCUUCCUUACAUGUAUUUGCAUUGACCGCUACAUUGCUGUGGUGUAUCCCCACACUUACCUGAGAAUCAGAAACACGCACCUCACGUUAGUGGUUAGUUUGUGCGUCUGGGUCGUCGCAGUGAGUAUAAUGUUGCCUUUGCUGCUUGGCGGUCCAUUGGACAGCACAUCUGAGAAUAACACCACCAGGUGCUUUGAGAACUUCUCAUUUGAAGACUGGACUCACCGGAUGGCAGCUUACAACAUAUGCGCCCUGCUGUUUGGUUCUGCGAUCCCUUUGAGCAUCACCAUGAUCUGCUACCCGCUAUUACUCAAACGCAUCUCCAAAAUCACAACCCCCAGCAGCAGACGAGCCCUUAGCAUCAUCUACCUGAUUCUCACCAUCUCUGUCACCUGCUUCCUCCCAUACAGCAUCACCCAUCUCCUCUACUACCUGUCCAGGCUUCGUAUCAUCACCAACUGCUCUUUCCUUCAUGGGAUCUACAAGAUGCGGAGAGUCACCAUGGCUAUUGUCAGCUGUAACAGCUGUCUGGAUCCUGUGCUGUAUUAUUUCGCAACCAGGAAAUUCAAGUGGAGUUUCCUGAAGUGUCUCAAACCAAAGAGAACAAAAAGGGUCUACACCAUUUACACAGCUAAAUAAAUAUUUGGAGUGAUUGUCAACUGAAUAUGAGACUAGAUGCUUACACAGGAAGAUACAAGGAGCUGUGUUUAUUUCACUCAUGAGGAAUAAACAACAAGCUGCUUUCUCUAUUGCCUGAUGUGCUUUUCAGCCAGUAAAUACGCUUUUAGGCAGAAGACCCUGCUGAGGUGAAAUGGAGGUUACACAGCAGCAGAUCACUGUACCUGCAAUGAAGGCAUCCAGCUGAUACAUUUCCUGUACUAAAUGAACUGUUUGUGAGACCCGCACAACAAAUGAAAGAUUUAAUGGAACCGUUUCAAAGAUUCAUUGUAGCUCAAUCAGUGUCAGGCUAAGGUUUUGUAGUUCCAAACAUUUUCUUGUGAUAAAAAAAUGAAUACAA